AUGACAAGCCACUAUGAGGCCAUCGUCGUGGGCUCCGGCCAGGGCGGAGGACCGCUGGCCCAGGCUUUUGCCAAAGCUGGCCGUCGCACAGCGCUCGUCGAGGCCACCCACGUGGGCGGGACGUGCAUCAACGAAGGCUGCACGCCGACGAAGACCAUGGUGGCCAGUGCGCGCAUCGCCCACCUGGCGUGCCGCGCGCAGAGUUACGGCGUCCAAUUCAAGCGGUCCAGCCUCGUGCUGAACAUGGAGACGGUGCGGAAGCGGAAGCGCGACAUCGUCGACAGUUUCCGCGGCGGCAGCGAGACCCGCAUCAAGAACACCGACAACCUCGACCUUAUCAUGGGGAAGGCAAGAUUCACGGGGCCUAAGGAGCUGGAAAUCGUCGUGUCCCACGACGGCGGCGGGAAGACGCAGACCAUCAAUAUCACCGGCGAUCAGAUCUUCAUCAAUGCCGGGUGUUCGCCCGCGAGACUGACGGUCAAGAACGCCGAGAGGACAGAGGGCCUUUUGAACUCGACGACCAUCAUGGAACUGGGCGAGGUUCCCCGGCAUCUCGCCAUUAUCGGUGGGGGAGCUGUCGGGUGCGAGUUUGCGCAGAUGAUGAAACGGUUUGGCGAGCGGGUCAGCCUGAUUCAACAGAACACCCAGCUCCUGCCGAAGGAAGACGCCGAUGUGUCGGAAGAGAUCCGCAACAUCUUUGCGGACGCGGGGAUUGACGUGUACCUGGGCGCGACGAUCAAGGAGGUCUCGAACGUAACGCUGGGCCAGAUCGUGGUCUCGCUGACACAAGGCGACGGCACGCCGAAAUCGCUGCUAUGCUCGCACGUCCUGGUCGCCACAGGCCGGACGCCCAACACGGCGGACCUGGGCCUCGAGAGCGCCGGCGUUGAGGUCGACAGCAAGGGCUUCAUCAAGGUCGACGAGCACCUGGCGACCACGGCCCCAAACGUCUACGCCCUCGGCGACAUCAAGGGCGGGAUGCAGCAGACGCACGUCAGCUACGACGACUUCCGCGUCCUGCGCCAGAACCUGAUCACACAGGCACACAGCGGCGAGAAGGCCUCCAUACACGGCCGCCUCGUGCCCUACACGACUUUCAUCGACCCGCAGCUCGGCCGCGUCGGCAUGACGGAGAAAGAAGCCCGCUCUCUCAAACCGCCGCGGAACAUCAAGGUGGCCAAGAUGCCCAUGUCGUACGUGGCGAGGGCGUUGGAGAUGGACGAGACCAAAGGUUUCAUGAAAGCCGUGGUCGACGCCGACACAAGGGAGAUCUUGGGCUUUGCUUGUCUGGGCAUCGAGGGCGGGGAGGUCAUGAGCAUGGUCCAGUUGGCCAUGUUGGGUGGGUUGACGUACGACGAGCUAGAAAAUGCCAUUUUUGCGCACCCUUGUCUGAGCGAGAGCCUCAACAAUCUCUGGGGGUUUCUAAAGUGA